UGAGGAGAUGCAGGCUGGUGGUGUUGAUGAGCAGCAGAUGUUCACGUCUCCGUCGCGUCGGGUAAGAGAUUCUUAGAACUCGGUACUUGGGGCGUACAGAUGUGCUGACGGAUGUGAUGUUGCUCAAGGCUAGGAAGAAGGUCAAUUAUCUUGAAUCGGAUUCCGAAGGUGAAGAGGACGACGAGAAGAUCUUUCGUCCCGGCCGCAGUAGUCGCAACAAGCGUCAAAAGGUGGCUGUAGAGAGUGAGGAUGAGUUCAAGGAGGCUGCAGAUGGCGAGGAAUAUUCUGAUUAUGAACUGGACGACUUCAUCGUGGCUGAUGAUUCGGACGAGGAGGCAAAGCCGGUCAAGAGGCGCACGAAACCGGCUGCUCGUCCCAAGACCAAGUCAUCCCCUCUGCCGUUGCAGACGCCCGACGACGAUGAGGAUCUCGAUUUGGACAUCCCCGAAGCGACCGGCGGCACGGCGAUGAAAUGGACGUAUGACCCUGAACACUCCGAACCCCGGCAACAACGGACGGCGCCGACGACGCCUAAGCGUCCCAGUAAUGGCAAGCAGAAAGCACACGUUACCGAGCCGGAGCAGCGAUACGCCUGGCUGGCACAUCUUCGAGACAUCGAUGGCCAUCCCAUCGGUCAUCCGGAGUAUGACCCUCGGACUCUAUAUAUACCUCCCUUGGCUUGGUCCAAGUUCUCGCCGUUCGAGAAGCAGUACUGGGAGAUCAAGCAGAAGUUCUGGGACACGGUGGUGUUCUUCAAGAAGGGCAAGUUCUACGAGCUCUAUGAGAACGACGCCACCAUUGGCCACCAGCUCUUUGACCUGAAGCUGACCGAUCGCGUGAACAUGCGCAUGGUGGGUGUCCCGGAGAUGAGUCUGGACCAUUGGGCCAAUCAGUUCGUUGCCAAGGGCUUCAAGAUCGCUCGGGUGGACCAGAUCGAGUCGGCUUUGGGCAAGGAGAUGCGCGAAAGAGACGGGAAAGAUGGCAAGAAGAAGGCCGGCAAGGAGGACAAGGUGAUCAGGCGAGAGUUGGCUUGCGUCUUGACUGCGGGUACACUCGUCGAAGGCUCGAUGCUUCAAGACGAUAUGUCUACGUACUGCGUCGCCAUCAAGGAGGCACUUAUUGAGGAUCGUCCAGCUUUCGGACUGGCCUUCGUCGACACUGCAACUGGCCAAUUCUUCUUGUCGGAGUUUGUCGAUGACGCCGAUAUGACCAAAUUCGAGACCUUCGUGGCGCAGACGCGUCCUCAGGAACUGUUGCUCGAGAAAUCCACCGUCUCCACCAAGGCACUCCGCAUCCUGAAGAACAAUACUGGUCCGACAACUAUCUGGAACUACUUGAAACCCAGGAAGGAAUUUUGGGAAGGCGAUAUUACCGUCCGCGAACUUGAUGCGAGCGACUACUUCGUCUGUGAAGAUGGGGACAACCUGCAGGCGUGGCCUGAGGCUCUGCGCGAGGCACGGGACAAAGAGCUGGUGAUGUCUGCUUUCGGGGCGCUGGUGCAAUAUCUCCGGAUCCUCAAGCUCGACCGUGACCUCAUCACCAUCGGCAACUUUGCCUCGUACGACCCCAUCAAGAAGGCUUCCAGCCUGGUGCUGGACGGGCAGACUCUGAUCAACAUGGAGAUUUUCGCCAACUCUUUCGACGGAACCUCCGAUGGGACCUUGUUCCAGCUCCUGAACCGCUGCAUCACACCGUUCGGCAAGCGCAUGUUCAAGCAGUGGGUGUGCCAUCCGUUGGUGGAUGCGAAGAAGAUCAACGCUCGACUGGACGCGGUGGACGCGCUCAACGCCGACUCGAGUGUGCGGGAUCAGUUCUCUUCUCAAUUAACCAAGAUGCCUGACUUGGAGCGACUCAUCUCGCGGAUCCACGCAGCCAACUGCAAGGCCCAAGACUUUGUUCGUGUCCUUGAAGGCUUCGAGCAGAUUGAGUACACCAUGAGUCUUCUUCAAGAGAGCGGCUCUGGGGAAGGUAUAAUCGGACAACUUAUCAAUGCGAUGCCGGACCUCAACAGCAUGCUCGAGUACUGGAAGACGGCCUUUGACCGCACCAAAGCUCGAGAGAACGGCAUUCUGGUCCCGAAGCCUGGAGUGGAGGAAGACUUUGACAGUUCUCAGGAGCACAUCGAACAGAUCCACCAGCAGCUCGACAACCUCCUCAAGAAACACCGGCGCGAGCUGGGCUCCACGGCGAUCUGCUACCGCGACAACGGGAAGGAGAUCUACCAGCUCGAAGUGCCCGUCAAGAUCAAGAACAUCCCGAAGAACUGGGACCAGAUGUCGGCCACCAAGCAGGUGAAACGGUACUAUUUCCCCGAGCUGCGGGCGCUCAUCCGCCAACUGCAGGAGGCGCAGGAGACGCACAGCCAGAUCGUCAAGGAGGUUGCGGGCCGGUUCUAUGCCCGGUUUGACGAGAACUACACCACGUGGCUGGCGGCGGUGCGGAUCGUGUCGCAGCUCGACUGCCUGAUCAGUCUGGCCAAGGCAUCCUCGUCGCUGGGCCACCCCAGCUGCCGCCCUACUUUUGUGGACGACGAGCGCAGCGUGCUCGAGUUCGAAGAGCUGCGCCACCCGUGCCUGUUGUCCUCGGUCGACGACUUCAUCCCGAAUGACGUCCGUCUCGGCGGGCCCCGGCCCAACAUCGACCUUUUGACCGGUGCCAACGCGGCCGGUAAAUCCACCGUUCUUCGCAUGACCUGUAUCGCCGUGAUCAUGGCCCAAAUCGGCUGCUACCUGCCCUGCACCUCGGCCACCCUAACCCCCUGCGACCGGAUCAUGUCGCGCCUCGGCGCCAACGACAACAUCUUCGCGGCGCAGUCGACCUUCUUCGUCGAGCUGUCGGAAACGAAGAAGAUCCUGGCCGAGGCCACGCCGCGCUCGCUGGUCAUCCUCGACGAGCUGGGCCGCGGCACCUCCUCGUACGACGGCGUGGCCGUCGCCCAGGCCGUCCUGCACCACGUGGCCACCCACAUCGGCGCCCUGGGCUUCUUCGCCACGCACUACCACUCCCUGGCCGCCGAGUUCGAGCACCACCCGGAGAUCGCGCCCAAGCGCAUGGCCAUCGACGUCGAUGAGGCCGAGCGCCGCGUCACCUUCCUGUACAAGCUCGAACCGGGGGUCGCCGAGGGCAGCUUUGGCAUGCACUGUGCGUCCAUGUGCGGGAUCCCCGGCAAGGUGAUCGAGCGCGCCGAGGUGGCGGCGAAGCAGUGGGAGCACACGAGUCGGUUGACGGAGAGUCUGGAGCGGAGGAAGGGGAAGGGGGAUGGGGCGGCGGCUGUUGUGGGGAUGGGAUGGUGGAGUGAUGUUGCGUGGGCUUUGCGGGAGGAGGAUGACGCUCGUGUAGUGGAGGAAGGGGAGGUCGGGGUGAGUGAGCGGAGUCUGGAUGUGUUGCGCCGCGCGAUCGAGGCCUUGUAAGGCAUCGCGGUGCGCUUCCCUUCUAAGCUGCUCUUCUAUGUCGGAAGAUGUAUGAUGUGAGAAUUGGUGGCAAUGUUCGACGCUUACCCCGGUCUUUUCAUCGGCUGUUGUCCUUUAUAUGUCGGUGUUCGUGGCGUUCCGUGGGUCUUACUCUGGCAAGUCGGCUGGUGAUAAAAUUUCUAAGGGAGUUAGUCUAAAGAGCGUUUUCGGGUUAUAUAACUAUCAGGUGGCUGACUUUAAGAAUAUAAGAUGGUCCUUCUGAAUAACCUUA